AUGGGGGUCGUCUGGGUUUCACGGCUGAUUUUCUGUAUCCGUCUGCGGCCACUUAGAGGGAAAAAAUCCCCGAGGUACGGGGGUGAGCCCCGCAGGCCCGGGGCGACGCCGGAAGGUCAGCUUUUUCCACCUCCUCCUUCUGCUGGCUCCCCUUCGCCGCGCACAAACCGGGACCCCACCCCCAGCAAAACAGCCCUGGGUUUCGCCUCCCGGGGCCGGGACCGGAGGCGGGCGGCGGCGGGGCCCCCCGCGGGCGGCGGCAGGCCGGAACCCUCGCCCCCCAAGGAGUUCAAGGUGUGGAAGAACAACGCCGUGCCCCCGCCGGAGACCUACAGCCCGCCCGAGAAGAAGCCCCCGCCGCCCCCUGCCCUCGACAUGGCCAUAAAGUGGUCCAACAUCUACGAGGACAACGGGGACGACGCGCCCCGGCAGGCCAGCAAAGCCAAGUUUCUGCCGGAUGAGGAGCAGGAACCCCCGGAAUCGGAUGGUGAAAAAGAUGAUGAACCCACUUCUGCUAAGAAACGUAAACUAGACUCUGGGGAGCAGACGAAGAAGAAGAAGUUAUAA